GUCAUCGAACAAUUCAGACGCAAUAGCACACAGCCACACAGUAUCUCAUAAACUAUAUGAAGAAAAAAAAUAUAUAUUCAUGCUAAUCGAGACACAUAUUUCUAUUGCGAUUCUAUUGGAAAAAGAUUUUAUUUAAUGAGAUUUUUUUUUAUUAAAUUAAGAACAAGCAAUUUCAUUAGCUUAAAGCAUUGACCAUAUAAAAAAGACAUACAAAAUUAACAAGAGAAAAAAAAUAUUUUUUUAUAUUGAGAGUGUUGAUUCAAUGUCGAUUGAUUUGUGAAAGUGAUUACGGGUAAUCAAAAAAAGUGAAGGUCUCCGCCAUCUUGGUUUUUGUCAUACGAAGAAACAGAGAAAGAAACUGUACAUUUUUUUUGUCUCAAGACCUAUUUAACUUCAUCAAAUGCCAUAAAUUCCAUUGAUUGUAUGGCUUGUAUUUGAAUGUGAAUGAAUAUUUCAUUAGGUCUAAAAUGCCACGCAUUGAUCCUGUGAAAUUAUUAUCUUGUAUUGGUGUACUUUUAUCGCCAAAUGGAGGAAUUCGUAGUGCGCCUGAAGUGAAAAGGCUUGCUGGAUUAAUGGCAAAAUAUUCAAAGAAACUCGUUUCAAAAUGUAUUUAUAUUCAAAUUCUGAAAUGUACGGAUACUGAACUAUUGGGACAAUUUAUGGACGUUGGUGGAUGGCCAUUGGUGCAUUCUUGGCUUGACGACGGAAUCAUUACGAAGAAUUGGCCAUUAGUGCAAGAAUUAUUGGAACUAUUACUUUUAUGCCCAGUCGACGUGCCGCGAUUACAGAGUAAUUCCGCACCCAAAAUGGUUAAAGGAUUGUCACGUGAAGAAGAGAAUGAAGGUGUGCGUAUAUUGGCAACGAGACUCGUUGAACAGUGGUUGAAGAUAGCACGUGGCGAAACUCCUAGUCAAAAUUCAAAUGUAUUUAAUAAAGAAAAUCUGCAAAAUGCUCAAACUCAAAUUAUUAAUAAGCCGGUUGAAAUGUUUAGUGAUCAGAGUUUAGACCAAGCAGGCAACAAUUUGAAUACUGUAAAACUUAGCUUGUGUGAGUCUCAAAUAAAUGAAAAUAUUAUUGAUGAUGAGGAUGAUGAUAUGACUGGUUGUGCGAAUGUUGAUGAGAGUGAUGGCAAUUUUGUUUUCAAAAUUACAAUGAAAGACGGAUUAGCUAAGAUAAGCGAUUCAUCACCGAAAAAGAAUGGCAACCAUGAUUACAGAGAAUCCGAUUCAGAAGAAUCACGUUCAUCGAAAUCGAUGCGCACCGACAAAACAAAAGACGAUAAAAGAUUAGAUGGCAAAGAGCGUGACAAGAGCAAAGAUCAUCACGAUAAACAUAAGAAAUCAAGUUCUUCUUCAUCGUCAUCACACCGAAGUUCGGGCGGUAGCAAAUCGUCAUCGUCCUCAAAACAUAGUAGUAGUUCUAGUGCAAAAUCGUCGAGUAGUAAAUCGCAUAAGAGCAGUUCGUCAUCAUCAAGCGGUCACAAAACCAGUUCAUCGUCAUCGAGCAGCAGCCGUGACAAACACAAAUCAUCAUCGAAAUCUUCUAGCUCUAGUUCAAGCAGUUCGAAAGAUAAAAAAUCGGAAUCGUCAAAGACACAAGCUGAAAAGGAUAAAGAUACAUUGGCGAAAAUUCAACCAAAAUCCCUUGAAAAGGUCGGAAAAAUCCCAAAGAAAACAAAUUCGUCAGAUGGAUCUACUGAUCCGGCGAAGAAAUCAAGUACCACUGAACCAUCAAGUGCAGCAUUGCCAAGCAAAAAGAAAUCCAUAUCGAUUGAAGUGCGUAAAGAUACGGAAAAUCGGCCAAAAACCGUUAAAACGUAUAAUUCUCAAUUCAGAAGUCAUGGUUUGGCCGAAGAAGCACCACCGCCACCAUCAAGGCGUGACCUAAAGAAACCAGCUACAGUGCCUACAAAUGGCAUCCCAGUCGUUCCAAAACGAUCUCUAUCGCCGACAAACACUGCCAAAGAAGCCGCCGAAAAGAAAAUCAAAUUAGCCACAUCGCCAAUCGUCGAAAAACCAGGAACCAUAAAACUAAUACCAGCAAAACCAAAACCAUCAGUUUUAGUCGAAUCUGAUAUGUUUAUGGAUGCGAUUUCAGCAGCAACGACAAAGAAAGAGGUGCGUAAACGUAAGCGAAUCCCAAGUGCAAAGGAUGCGGAAACAAGUUUCGAAAAAACGUCUGCAACAAAAGAUAGUAAAGAGUCGAUUAAAACAGUGACUGCCGCUCCAUUACGUUUCUAUCAGGACACACUGGAAGAAAGUGAGAACAAAGAGGUUUCACCAAAUAAUUCUGAAUCAAUCAAAAAAGAAGUCGACGGUUUGGUCACCCCUGAUGAUGACGAAGAAACAAAAGAGAAGAAAUCAAAAAUCGUCGACGAUGCAACGGAAGAACCACAAAGUGGUGAAAAUGCAGCAAGUGAAAAUAGAGAUUCACCCGAAGAACCAGAGGAAGAAAUUAAACGUGAGCCAGGACCUGGUUGCGGACCCAACGGUCCACCUGGUGUUUUAACAAUCCAUCGACGCAGAGGUCCAAAGAAAUCAUUGCGAUGGAAGCCACAAGAAUCACUCGAAGAAGUCCGAUACUUUGAAUUGGAUGAAACCGAACGAGUAAAUGUGACAAAAGCAUUUGUGGAUAUGAAACAAAUUGAACGUGUGAAUGAACGUGAAGCAUUUUUAAGUAGCCGAAAAGUGAACGCUGAUGAUGCAAUGACCGAGCAAAUGCAAUGGGUGCCAUUAAUUUUGGUUGAUGAUGUGCCCGAACAUGUGGUGAAGAGUAAAGAAUGUGAAGUUCAAGCUGAACGUGAAAAAACGUGCCUGAAAACAAUCUACUUUAAUCGAGCAAUGAUACCAGACAAUCCUGUCGAGCCCGACGUGGUUACAUUCCAAAAUGUUGAAGCACCCACCAUACCGUUGUUUGAUAUCACCGGAAAUACAGACACCAUACACGAUUACACAAAUAUGCCAUGGCCCGAACCAAAAGGAUCUCCACCGCAUCAAGCGUCCAACAAUCUUGAUGACAUGAAUGGCCUUGGCAUUGGAUUCAAUCAAUUUAAUCAACUAAAUUGGCCAGCACAAAACAAUAUGAUGAACAUUCGACCGCCACAAAUUGGCCUCAUUAUGCCACCAGAUGCAAUGAAUCAAAUAAAUCCAAUGAACAUGAAUCCAAUGCAUCCAUUUAAUGCACCAACCAUGACACCGAUCAUGGGACAAUUGCCACCCAAUAAUAUGGGUUUUAUGAAUAAUUUUGCACCGGGUAUGCCACCAAUGAUGAACGAUAAUCGUGGCAAUCGUGUUGGUGGCGCCGGCGGAAACAAUUGGUUUGGACCAGGCGGCGUGGGUGGUAAUAAUGGGCCCAACAAUAAUUGGCAAGCCAGUCAAAUGAAUAAUAAUAGCAAUCAACGUCAGAAUUGGAAUACGAAUCAGCGCCGAAUAUGUAAACAAUUCCAACGUGGCUUUUGUCGACAUGGAAAAAAUUGUAAAUUUUUACACCCAGGCGAAAAUUCGGGACAGAAAUUUUAGAUUAUUAUUUUUUUUGUUUCGCUUUUAUUUUAGUUUUAUUUAACAUUUAAGCAACACACAGAACCAAACGGCGGAAUAACAAAUUAUGUUGUAACCAUUAUAUGUUCGAUUGUACAUGAAUUUAAAUAUGUAUUCUAAAUUCUAUACACACAUGUUUUAGUUAGUUCAUGUUACAUUGUUACAAUAACGUAAAAUCAUUCUUUUAUAGACCCCAAACAUAAAUAGUUCUUAAGGCAUCUUAAUCUACAAGAUGGAAAUUAAAUUUUAAAUUGAUUAAAACCGAAU